GAGUGGAGGGGGGGGAGAAGAACUGAAUGAAGUGGCCGCCACGGUUCCUCAAUAUCGAAAGAGAAAUAUCAUCCAGUUCCUUAGUGACUUAUUUCGUGUAUUCAUAUAGUGAAAAAUCUAAAUCAGUUUUUCUAUAUUUAUAUAGUAUGUGCUUUAUGUGUGUGUAUGUGACAUAUAAUCGUUUUAAUUAAAAAAUCAGUUGUUUUUUUUGUUCCCCUCUAAUGACACGUGUACAAUAAAUUUGCACGUGUUUUCCUUCUUUCAUCACAAAUCGUCACCAACAUUGAGCAUCACUGGAUUCUAAUUCUAGUUACAUCCGACCUGUUUAUUGUACGUCAUGCCAUACACAAGAGGUUCCGGAUAUUUGAAACGAGCAAACAGUGAUCGGCUUAAUGAAAUCUUCAAUCAGUAUGCCACGCAAGAGAAGAAUGGUGAGAGGUUCAUGACAUCGGCUGACUUUGUUCGGAGUUACCUUGGCCUUUACACUGAUGCCGAUUUCAACCCUGACUCUGUCAAGUUACUCGCUGGAAUCCUUGAUACCAACAAAGAUGGACUCAUCUCAUUUGCUGAGUUUCAAUCUUUCGAGGGCCUUCUCUGCGUGCCCGAUGCACUUUAUAAGACGGCCUUUCAGCUCUUUGACACAAAUGGAAAUGGAAUGGUUGCAUUUGAGGAGUUCGCUGAGGUGAUGAGAAAAACUGUUUUGCAUCAAAAGAUGCCUUUCAAUAUGGACAGCAGUUUUAUAAAAUUGUACUUUGGAAAAGACAAAAAGAGGCUUAUUAGUUAUGCAGAAUUCAGUCAGUUCCUACAUGACUUUCAUGAAGAAUAUGCCACUGAGGCCUUUAAAAAAUUCGACAAAGAUGGCAGUGGUUUUAUAACAGCACUAGAUUUUCAGGACAUAAUGCUUAGUAUAAAAAGUCAUCUUCUCACUAAGGACGUUAAGGAUAAUUUAAUAACGGCAGUUAGUGCUGGACACACUUCGAAAAAAAUCAGUUUCCCCUAUUUUAUGGCUUUUAAUUCUCUUCUUAAUAAUAUGGAGUUGAUUAAACGAAUCUAUUUGAAUGCAACGAAUGGCCAUAGAAAUCAAGAAGUCACAAAAGAGGAAUUUCUUCACUCUGCACAAAUGAUGUCCCAAAUAACGCCACUGGAAGUUGAUAUUCUCUUUCAUCUUUGUGAUUUACUUCAUCAUACGGGAUCUACAGAAGUUGCUGAGAAGUUUAAGCGAUUUGGAAAGAUCGUUUAUAAUGACCUUGUGGCAAUUACUCCCGAACAGUAUUUCAAGCAAAUCACCAAAAGACUCGCUGAAAUCAAAGCCGUUUCCAGUCCAGAGGAACGUGGAGUUGUAGUUCAAAUUCUUGAGAGCAGCUACAGAUUUGUUCUCGGAUCCGUUGGUGGAGCUGUGGGAGCGACUGCAGUUUAUCCCAUUGAUUUGGUGAAGACACGAAUGCAAAAUCAAAGAACAGGUUCAUUCAUCGGUGAAUUGAUGUACAGAAAUAGUUUCGAUUGUUGUAAAAAGGUCAUCAGACACGAGGGCUUCUUUGGACUUUAUCGCGGAUUAGUACCACAAUUAAUGGGUGUUGCGCCAGAAAAAGCCAUUAAACUCACAGUCAAUGAUUUUUGUCGUGACAAAUUUAGUGAUAAAAAUGGAAAUAUUCCACUUGUUGGGGAAAUUGUUUCUGGCGCUUGUGCCGGAGGCUCUCAAGUAAUUUUUACAAAUCCUUUGGAAAUUGUGAAAAUUCGUUUGCAAGUUGCUGGUGAAAUAAUGGGAGGUCAAAAAGUUAGAGCUUGGGCUGUCGUUAAGGAAUUAGGACUAUUUGGAUUGUAUAAAGGAGCUAGGGCAUGUUUCUUGAGAGAUGUGCCCUUUAGCGCUAUUUAUUUUCCAAUGUACGCUCAUACAAAAUCGAGAAUGGCUGACGAAGGUGGAUACAAUACACCAUUAUCGCUUCUUAUUUCCGGUGCAAUUGCCGGUGUUCCGGCCGCUGCUCUUGUCACUCCUGCCGAUGUUAUCAAAACUCGUCUACAGGUCGUUGCGAGAAAAGGACAAACGACAUACAAUGGACUUGUUGAUUGUGCGAGAAAAAUUUACAGGGAAGAAGGAGCGAGAGCAUUUUGGAAAGGAGCAACAGCCCGAGUGUUCAGGUCGUCGCCGCAAUUUGGAGUAACGCUCUUUACUUACGAGGUUCUUCAGAGGUUAUUUGUUGUCGAUUUUGGAGGAUCACGACCAAGUGGAUCAGAACUGAAAGUACCGUCAACAGGUGUUGCCGAUGAGAUCCGAUCGACAAAUCCUGAUCACAUUGGCGGUUAUGAAGUAGCGCUUCCAAUUUUCACUGGAAUCGAAUCGAAAUUUGGCCUUUGUUUACCGAGGUUUCAAUCCUUGAGUAGUAAAUAAAUUUAAAAAUUAAAAAGAAAGA